UGUUGCCUCACUGCCAUACACACCUUCAGUCUCUCGGGCGCACUCUGCCCCUGUUUAGCGGGAGAGAGAAAGAGAGAAAGAGAGAGGGAGAGAGGGAGAGGGAGAGACAAGCGGUGUAGGUACGUGAGAGAAAUGUCUCCACAAACGACAAAAUGAAAAAUGAUAUAUCCAUUUUCACUCUUAUUUAUUCUCCGAGCGUGUGCGUGUGUGUGGACAUCGCUCUUCGAAAGUGCAAAUGAAAGUUAUUUUUGUGAUUUACCAUAAUUCUGCUUCAGUGGUGUCUCCUCGGUGAUUUUAACUCGAAAUUUAUGAUAAAAAAGUAAACUUACAGUGGUCGUUAGUGCUUGUGAAUAACAAAGUUCAAAAAUAAGUCUUUAGUGAGUGCUACUGUUAUCGAAUGAUACAAAAUAUAAGAAAUCAAAAGUGAAAAAAGAAAGAAAAGAUAGAAACGAAAAAAAUGAAACCUGUGAUAUAAAGUAAACAAAAGUAAUGUAGAAAGUUUAUAUGAAGAAAAAAAAAAUAAAAAAAAACAUCACACGUCAAGAUAAACCAAACCAUAUGUAGAUGAACAGAUAAAUCAAUCAACAAAUUAAAGAUAAAAGAUACUCCAUCAACACGUUUUCUAUAACGAUUAAAAAAAAAAAAGAAAAAAAACGCAAAAAAAAAACACACGAACAACAACAGGACAAGGAGCUAAAACACCAACUUGCGGUUUACAGAACCACACGUGUUGGCGACUCUGCGAAUUUAUUGUUCAUUAACAAGCCGAGGAACGCCAGAGAACGUGAAGAACAAAAGAAAGGCACAGAGACAUCGGAGAACUUUGCCAACCAACCAGCGCGUGAAAGGUUUGAAGGAGCGCCGCCGUAGCCAGGAGUCCGAAGAGAACCGGGCGCUGCCGACACCCGCCGGCGGACGAUGACGGCGACGCCCCCGGCCGGCAGCGGUGGCAGCUAGGACGCGCCGCCCACCAUGAUGACGGAGACGGAGCUGGUGGUCCCCCGCGCCCCGGAAGCCUCCCACCUCCGCCCUGAUGCCUCGUCGACGCCUGCACAGAAGGUCGCCGCCCGUCCCAGCGCCCUGCCCCGCCCGCGCCUCCUCGCCCGCGCCCCCCCCGGACACCGCCCCCAGAGCCACUCGUAUCCUGGGACUUGCAAGGACUACCAAGGCAUUUCUGGGGCGCCGCGCGUGUGUGUGAUGGACCCCGAGGGCAUCCCGAAGGAGGAGACUCGUGCGGGAGACUUCAUGGGGCCUCGUCUUCCCGCCGGAGGCCACGCCCACGCCCCGAAGGACAGCGACUGCGUGCUGUCCUACGUGCACACGAACGGCAGCAUCGCGUACCCGCAGCUCAAGCACAGUUGUGAUACGAUGAACCCAAACAUUCGCAUAAACGUCGACGACGACGACGCCUUCCCGACGGGCCCCCUGAGGAGCAGCGACAGCUGGGACUCCUUCAGCACGAGCCCCGGCAGCAGCGAGAACGGCGACUCCGUGUCGAGCGGCAGCCGCGGCGAGGAGUUCUCGGAGGACUCUGAGGGCGACGGCUUCGUGGACUGCGGCCACGACGACUUCCCCUUCUGCCAGUGCCUCAACGAGAAGGCGGGGGGGCCGCCGGGGCUGCAGUGCGACCACGAGGAGUUCCCCUUCUGCGACUGCCUCGCCCGCGCCGCCGAGAGGAAGCACAAGAAGACGCUCGGCUACCGCCACCCGCGCGGCGAGGGGCGGCGGCGCCGAGGAUACAUCGGGCCGUCCUUGAGCGCCUUCAGGGACGCCGGCCUCGAGGUCUUCGACGAGACGGAGGAGUCCGACUUCCAGGAGUCCGAGACGGAGACGGGACACCCUGGGACGGCACUCAGACGGCGAGACAGACACCGAGGGCGCCGGGGCGGAGUCCGAGGUCGAAGGAGCCGUGGGAUACAACGGGAAGGAGUUGGACGAGGCCGCUGCGUCGGCAGGCCUCCUUGCGCCGCCCGGGCAGCCGCUGCGACGCGCGUCCAUCGUCACGUGCGACAGCAGAAGGGCCUCCAUCGUGACGAGUCCAGACCCCGUCAAGAUCGCCGUGUUCGGGACCGACGGUGUCGGCAAGUCGG